AUGAAGUUCACCACCGCCACCGCCCUCUUCUUCGCCGGCCUCGUCGCCGCCGAGACCGUCUCCGUCACCGACCUCACCAUCCGCGACAACAACGGCCUCCAGUCCGUCUCCUUCAAGGUCGCCGGCACCGACUGCUCGUCGACCGACGCCGCGUCGCUCGCCAACAACGGCGCCAACGCCUGCGGCGACGGCAACCCCCCCGUCUUCACCUACUCGGUCGAGAAGACCGAGGGCUCCGAGUACCAGCUGUACCUCCACAAGAACGUCGACGGCUCUGUUCGCGGCCUCAACGGCGGUGCCAAGGCCCCGGUCAACUGCCGCGCCGGCGGCAACGGCGCCAGCGACAACGUCUGCCAGCAGACCGGCGACUUCUCCGUCGACCUCCAGUAG